UCAAAUUUGAUACAAUUUUCCCCAUAUUUCACUGUCACAAUUAGUACUAAGGAGGAGAUGAAUGUGUCUAUAAAUACCAAAGUAUGUUUGAUCGAUCAACAAACAAGUCCUAAAACUCAACUUCCAAAGCUCUUUAUUUACUUAAAGCUUCCCUCUCUCUGUAUACUAGCUAGUAUAUAAAACUUAUACCACUUUGCACAACUGUCCAUAGCAUAUAUGGAAGGAGCAAAGAAAUGUUUACAACCUCCAGCUUAUGGAGACUUGAUCACCAUCCUCAGUAUUGACGGGGGUGGAAUAAGAGGGGUCAUCCCCGGGACCAUCCUUGGUUUCCUUGAAUCCGAACUUCAGAAACUGGAUGGUGAGGAUGCAAGACUCGCAGACUAUUUUGAUGUGAUUGCAGGGACUAGCACAGGUGGCCUGGUGACAGCCAUGCUGACUUGUCCAAAUGAAAUGAACCGACCUCUGUUUGCUGCCAAAGAUAUAAAAGACUUUUACCUAAAUAACUGCCCUAAAAUCUUCCCUCAACCAGGAUGUCCAUUGUUUGCUCAAACAACGAAAGUUAUCAAAGCUCUAUCCGGGCCAAAAUAUGAUGGGAAGUUUCUACAUAGCCUUGUUAAAGAAAAACUAGGAGAUACAAAAUUGCACCAGACAUUAACUAACGUUGUUAUCCCAACAUUUGACAUCAAGCAUCUCCAGCCAACCAUCUUUUCGAGCUAUCAGGAGAAGAGUGAACCUACUUUAGAUGCCUUACUAUCGGACAUAUGCAUUGGAACCUCAGCUGCACCAACCUAUCUCCCUGCCCGUUACUUCAAAACCGAAGAUAAGAAUGGGAAAGUGAGAGAAUAUAACCUCAUAGACGGUGGUGUGGCUGCAAAUAACCCGACUUUAGUCGCAAUGGGCGAAGUGACGAAGGCGAUCAUUAAGGGAAACGCUGAUUUCUUUCCAAUUAAGCCCAUGGACUAUGGAAGAUUUCUGGUUAUCUCUUUGGGGACUGGCUCUCGAAAAGCUGAAGAGAAAUAUAGUGCAAAACAGGCAGCGGAAUGGGGUUUGUUAGGUUGGUUAACCAGCGGCGGUUCCACCCCCUUAGUUGAUGUAUUUACUCAGGCCAGUGGAGACAUGGUCGACCUCCAUCUUUCUGUAGUAUUUGAAGCCCUUCACUCUGACAAAUACCUCCGUAUUGAGGAUGACACAUUAAGUGGGGAUGUAUCUUCCGUCGAUGUAGCGACUAAGAAGAAUUUGGAUGAACUGGUGAAAGUUGGUGAAGGACUGUUAAAGAAGCCAGUUUCUAGAGUUAAUUUGGCAACCGGUAUCUUUGAGCCUUUCACUCAAGAAACUAAUGAAGAAGCUCUUAAAAGGUUUGCAACAUUACUGUCCCAAGAGAGGCAUCGUCGGCAAUCUAGGUCACCCCUAGGGAAAGCUCAUGAAGAACAUCAAAAUGGUGUUAAGGAUUAGUGAUUUUCCCUAAUUGCUGCUAGAGAAUACGUCAAUAAGCUCUUGGAGCACAAAUAGUUCAACUUUAUGGUUCUUUAUUCAAAUUUUAUUAGCUUUAAUAAGUCCCAAAUUGGAUAACAAAUGAGAAGUAAUAUAUGGGAUUUUUAUCAUUUGCUUUGGAUUGUAAGUGUUUCAUCAAUAAUAAUUCCUAAUUUCCUUAAUUUUUUUUGG